UCUAAAAGAACUGAGAAUUAAAGAAAUUCGUGUAAAGAUGGGAGUGGAAAGUGGUAGUGGGUCUGCUAGUGGGUCUUCGAGUGGCUCUUCUAGUGGCUCAGGUGAGAGCAUUAUAUGUCAAGACUCGAUAGACCUUGGCUUUGUGUUGGAUGGUUCCAGUAGCAUAGGACCCGAUAAGUUUCGUCAAAUUCUUACAUUCGUCAAACGGCUUCUGGACAACUUUAAAAUAUUACCUCAAAAUACACGCGUUUCAGUGAUUAAGUAUUCCUCAAAAUCCACGUUGGAAAUAAAAUUCUUGCAAAUGUUUGCAUUCAAACAAGAGCUUCAUUGGGCCAUCGAUAGUAUAGAUUAUUGUGGUGGAGGUACGAGAACUGGAGCUGCAUUGCGAAAAGCCAGAACUGAAAUGUUUCAAAAAAGAAAUGGCGCAAGAAGUCCACAAGAUGCAAAGAAGGUUCUAAUUGUGUUGACGGAUGGGCGAAGUUUAGAUAGCAUAAGGCAGCCAGCUAAGAGACUAAAGAAACAGGGGGUAGUCAUAUACACAAUCGGAGUGGGUUCUGCAAUUUUCAAAUAUGAACUCAACACAAUGGCUUCACUUCCAAAGAAAGAUCACGUGUUUUUAAUGAACGAUUUUAAAGAGCUGACCUCGUUGGCUGAGAAAAUGUCCGACACAUUGAAACAAUGUUUUUCAUAAAGUAAUUUGUUGUCCGUAAACAUAAUGUUUGUAUACGAUUAUAGCAAACAUUUGAAUGAAUUUGUUGUCAUUAAACGAUCAUUAGAAAAGAGAAAA